AUGGAAGAGGAUCUAAAGGAAUACGAACAGCUGAAACAGAAAUUGAAAAGUGCUUUGAAGGAUAGAAAACAGUACCAGGAUGAUAUUGUUUCGUUGGAGCAACAAAUUUAUGAUAAAGAGACUGAAUAUUUCAGUAAUGUCUCUCCAGAGACAGGCCAUCAGUUAAGUAACUCGUUGCUUACCACUCAAGGAAACAUCAUUAAGGGGUUUGACGGGUUCUCAAAGACGUCUCAUCACCAAACAUCUCAUAGUAGUAGUAGUAAUAUUAAUAAUAUUUACAAUAGUAGUAACAGCAAUGGCAACGGCGCCACUGUAGUAGUUGAUCCAUUGAAUACAGGUUUACCAAAUAAGGAUAGAAUCUUUUCAUUGAGUGAUUCCGAAUUUGUUAACCAACUCAAACAGGAUGGUCUAUUACCUGGAUUUGAAGAGACUAAUGCCAUCGAUAACAAAUCUUGA